UGUUGUUGUGGUUAUUGUUGUGCAGGUCGACAGCGUGGAUCACGGCUAUGGCGCCCAGAUAAGUGACGCAGGUCAAAAGUGUUUAAUGAACCAAAAAUGAUUCUGCCUAGACAAACAAAAAGGAUAUGCAAUUGCUUCUUCUUGUGGUUGUUGCUGUUGUUGUUCUUGUUGAUGUUGUGCACAUCGACAGCGUGGAGCACGACCAUGGCCCCCAUGUGGUUGUGGUCCUGGUUGUUGUUGUGGUUGGUGUUUUGCAGGUUGACAACGUGGAUCACGACUAUGGCGCCCAGGUCGACAACAUUGUGGUUCUGGUUGUUGUUGUGGUUGUUGCUGUUGUUGUUGUUGUUGUUGUGCAGGUCGAGCGCGUGCAUCACAGCUAUGGCGCCCGGGUCGACAGCGUGGAUCACGGCUAUGGCGCCCAGGUUGACAGCGUGGAACACGGCUAUGGCACCCAGGUGGUUGUGGUUCAGGUUGUUGUUGUGGUUGUUGCUGUUGUUGUUGUCCAGGUCGACAACGUGGAUCACGGCUAUGGGGCCCAGGUUGACAGCGUGGAGCACGGCUAUGGCGCCCACUUGGUUGUGGUUCAGGUUGUGGUUCUGGUUGUGGUUCUGGUUGUUAUUGUGGUUGUUGCUGUUGUUGUGCAGGUCGACAGUGUGGAGCACGGCUAUGGCGCCCCGGUGGUUKUGGUUGUGGUUCUGGUUGUUGUUGUGGUUGUUGCUGUUGUUGUUGUUGUUGUUGCGCAGGUCGACAGCAUGGAGCACGGCUAUGGCGCCCAGGUCGACAGCGUGGUGCACGGCUAUGGCGCCCAGGUCGUUGUGGUUCUGGUUGUUGUUGUGGUUGUUGCUGUUGUUGUUUUUCUUGUGCAGGUUGACAGCGUGGAUCACGACUAUGGCGCCCAGGUCGACAGCGUGGAGCACGGCAAUGGCGCCCAGGUGGUUGUGGUUCUGGUUGCUAUUGUGGUUGUUGCUGUUGUUGUUGUUGUUGUGCAGGUCGACAGCGUGGAUCACGGCUAUCGCACCCAGGUCGACAACGUGGAUCACGGCUAUGGUGCGAAGGUCGACAGCGUGGAGCACGGCUAUGGCGCCCAGGUGGUUGUGGUUCUGGUUGUUGUUGUGGUUGUUGCUGUUGUCGUUGUUGUUGUGCAGGUCGACAGCGUGGAUCAGGGCUAUGGCACCCAGGUCAACAGCGUGGAGCACGGCUAUGGCGCCCAGGUGGUUGUGGUUGUGGUUGUUGUUGUGGUUGUUGCUGUUGUUGUUGUUGUUGUGCAGGUCGACAGCGUGGAUCACGGCUAUGGCGCCCAAGUCGAGAGCGUGGAGCACGGCUAUGGCGCCCAGGUGGUUGUGGUUCUGGUUGUUGUUGUGGUUGUUGCUGUUGUUGUUGUUGUUGUGCAGGUCGACAGUGUGGAUCACGGCUAUGGCGCCCAGGUCGACAGCGUAAAGCACGGCUAUGGCGCCCAGGUGGUUGUGGUUCUAGUUGUGGUUCUGGUUGUUGUUGUGGUUGUCGCUGUUGUUGUUGUUGUUGUGCAGGUCGAGCGCGUGGAUCACGGUUAUUGCCCAGGUCGACAGCGAGGAGCACGGCUAUGGCGCCUAGGUGGUUGUGGUUCAGGUUGUUAGUUGUGGUUGUUGCUGUUGUUGUUGUUGUUCUUGUGCAGGCUGACAGCAUGGAGCACGGCUAUGGCGCCCAGGUAAGUACCGCUGACGCAG